AUAAUGGAACUGUCUGCUUGCUUGACUGGAAGGUUUGAUCUCAAGAGAUGAUCGGCAAGUUGAGAAGUGCGAAGGCCAGGAGACAGAAAAUAGAGUCUAGUGAUUACUGGGUUGGAGCUAACUGAGAGAGAUGGAUAUAACAGAGGUAUCGAUAAUACAUCAUGUGGGAAUUGUACUGCUUUUGCUGUGGUUGCUUUCUCUCUUCAAUCAAUGCCAUCCAGUCGCUUACUUCAUUUCUUUGAUAUAUCUUUUCGCGGUCCAUGAAAGAUAUGUUAUGAGAUUGAAGAGGAAAUUGCAGUUCCAUGAAAGAAAGCAAGCCAAUCAGAAAAGAAUGCUCUCUGAUUCUGAAACUGUUCGCUGGUUGAAUCAUGCCGUGGAAAAGAUAUGGCCCAUAUGUUUGGAGCAGAUUGUAUCGCAGAAGAUUCUUCUUCCCAUAAUUCCUUGGUUCUUGGACAAGUAUAAGCCCUGGACCGCUAAAAAGGCUGUGGUUCAACACAUGUAUUUAGGAAGAAAUCCACCAAUUUUCACAGAAAUGAGGGUUCUUGGCCAAUGCGCCAGUGAUGACCACUUGGCACUGGAGUUGGGGAUGAAUUUUUGCACAGCGGAUGAUAUGAGUGCAGUACUUGCUGUCAAAUUAAGGAGAAGGCUGGGAUUUGGAAUGUGGGCAAAGUUGCAUAUGACAGCUAUGCAUGUUGAAGGGAAGGUCUUGAUUGGAGUGAGGUUCCUUCGCCAUUGGCCUUUCCUUGGUCGUCUGAGGGUAUGCUUUGCUGAGCCACCUUAUUUUCAAAUGACUGUCAAACCUAUUUUCACUCAUGGGCUUGAUGUCACUGAACUUCCUGGGAUUGCUGGAUGGCUAGAUAAGCUUUUGUCAGUUGCUUUUGAGCAGACACUUGUUCAGCCCAAUAUGCUUGUUGUGGAUGUAGAGAAAUUUGCUUCAACACAACCAGGUGAUUUAACAGAAAGUUGGUUCUCUGUGGAUGAGAAGGAACCCAUUGCUUAUGCCAUAGUUGAAGUUGUGGAAGCAUCUGACGUGAAACCAUCCGACUUAAAUGGAUUGGCUGAUCCAUACGUGAAAGGACAACUCGGACCUUACAAGUUCAGGACAAAAAUACAAAGAAAAACUUUGGCCCCAAAAUGGCAUGAGGAAUUCAAGAUCCCCAUUUCCACAUGGGAGUCCGCUAAUGUGCUAGCUAUUGAAGUUCGUGACAAGGAUCAUUUUGUUGAUGAUUCUCUUGGGCAUUGUACCAUUAGUAUCAAUGAUCUCAGAGAUGGUGAGAGACAUGACAUGUGGUUGCCUCUCCAAAACAUUAAAAUGGGAAGACUGCAUCUUGCAAUAACUGUUCUUGAAGAAAAUAUGAAGGGGGUUACGAAUAUUUUCAAUGGAGAAACGUUGAGUAAGGAAGAAAUACAAGAUUCCUUUGUAAGUGAGAUUGGAAAUAGAACUUCCUUUCCAUCAUCCACAUCAGACAAAUUUCACAGUGUGGAUAAUUUUGAGCCUAUCAAUGUUGAAGGGCAACAAGGGACUGGCAUCUGGGUCCAUCAACCAGGAAGUGAAGUGUCACAAAAAUGGGAACCCAGAAAAAGCAAGAGUGGGAACCUUGAUAAUCAAACCCAGGGAGUUCAUGAUGAUUCAGUUGGUGACACUCAUUCAACAGGUCCUGGGUCCUUUAACAACGACAGUAGCAGUGCUGAUGAAAAUGCUGAGGGUAAAAAUCGAAUGAACAAAGUCCGGCAGGGUUUACGCAAGAUUAGCUCGGUGUUUCAUAGAAGUCCCAAAAAUGAGGAUAGUUUGGGCAGUAGUGGGGAGACUGUUAAAUCCCCUUAUGCAAACAUUAAAGCAGUUAAUCAGAAGGAGAUUGGUGUGAAUUUCAUAGUGGAAGACAGACUUUCUGGGACCACAAUGAAUAAGAAUCUGAAGGAAGUUAAUUCGAGUCCUGAGGGAAGUGGUCCAGAAAGCCCAGGAAAGGGAAAUGUCAAAGACAUGGCGAAGGGUAUCUUAAAACAUGCUGAGAAGUCUGCUCGUACCAUAAAGCAUGUACUUUCUCGUAAAGGGUCAAGAAAAUCUCGAGGAAAUCCAUCUGAUGUGACAGAACUAGAAAUUUAUCCUGGGUCCGACUCUUCAGAUGAUGAAUCUCUUACACCGUCUCAAGUUCAAAGAAUCCCUAUUGUUUCCAGUUCCACACACUCCCAUUUUGCCAAUGACGAUUCUGAUAAAACCUGGGAGAGUGGUGUCCAGGCUGGUUCAAGUGAGUUUGUGAAGGACACUGAAGGCCAAAUGAAGAAGGUGAAUGUGGAAGUUCUGGAGAGGAUAGAGGAGACAAGGUGAGCUGCUCCUAUGGUGGUACCGGACUGGACUUCUCUGGAGAGAGAAAAGGGUAGCUUAAUCCAGUUGAAAUGCUGCAACUCUUCAUUGUACAUAAAUCCGUACAAAGUUAUCAUUGACAGGUUUGGAGAAUCUUGAUACAGCUAAACACACUGUAUUUGUUAAUUUGAGACCCGAUUGAAUUUGUUCUUAUUAGCUGUUGCGUAUAGCGUCUAUAGAAACAUGCUUUCUUUUUGUAAAUUUCGUAAGAUUCUUUUUUUUAUUAUUUAUUAUUAGAUUAUGUUGGAUGUAUGUAACUCUAAAAUUCGGAAUUGUGGGAUUAUGUAUUUUAGUUUAAACUGGACAGGGAGUUGCAGCUUUUCUUAUUUC